GGAGUGACCGAGUUCAACAGUAUGAAAGUGUUUGGAGUUGACUGAUGGGCUAUUGCACAACUUAAAGAGGCGCUGUUGGAUUCGAUGGCUUUGAUUAAAUCCGACGGUGAUGGACAAAUCUGACCGCGGUCAUUUUUUUCUGUCUAAGGAUUUUAGCAAUCCAGAUGCGGCGGUCUAUGGGGUGUGCCAUUACCUUACUGCUGCUGAAUCUACUCAAACUAUCAUCUACCGUCAAAUAUCAUAACAGGCUACGCCUACGGGAAAUGUGGUAUAAAUAACUAAGUACAAGUUCAUCUCCAUCUGGCGCAUAUCGGUAGGUCUUGGCUAAACAUGUAAGCUCGCAUAAAUAGAUUCCCUGAAAAGCAGCAUGUAAGCUCGCUUAUACAGAUAGCUAUAAGGUUUAGGCUAGCGCUCAAGCCAGAAAGGCAAAGGGCGCAGCUCCUAAGUAGACAAGCAAACUCGAGCUAAAUCUGCUUUACAGAGUGGCGCGCUAAACAAGAUAAUGCGAAUUUUCCUGCUAUUGUAGUAGUUGUGGUUGUGAUGGUGUUACUUGGAGAACAAGUUGUGGUUGUAGUUGUGGUUGCCUGAAGAGGAAGAGGAGGGCUUCGUAUGAAGGUCCAGCUGUUCGCGAACUUUGGCGCGUUUUGUCUUCGGUUGAGCUUGAACUUGAUGAUGAAGAAGGCUUCACCUCGAAAAACCUUCUUACGGAGAGAGGUGCGCAGCUCCAGCUGAGAGAAGAGAAGCUAUACUAAAUGGAAAGAACAGCAGCAAAUAUAGAACACCUUAACCUUUGGAAACAAAAGGUAGGUUUGUGGCAAAAGGUAGGGAAUAACGUUUAACCGCUCGUAAGUCUCAAUUUCUAGCCAUUUAUAAGCUGUAGCUCCUGGCCAUUUACAAGCUUUAGCCCCUAGUCGUUAUACAUAACAGGCCCCUAGCCAUUAUAGGGAUUAGAUCACAACCACCACCAUUCAUGUAGAUAAGUAUAGAUAAGCCGUACACACAUAAGCGCCUGCAUUAAACAAGCUACCACAUAAAGCACCACUAAAUAACAAAGGGUUGAGUUUGUGGCUGCCUAUGUGGCCCAACA